AUGUUGCCCAUCGCUUGUAGUCUUGAAAUAGUAGUGGUUAAAUGGAAACCCAAUAAUUGGGCCAAACAUCCAUUAUCAAUUAUUUUGAGUCGAUACAAUUCUGUUGAUUGGACACUUAUAGCUCAGAACAUUUCUACCGAGUAUCAAUGUCUUCAAAAAUUGACAUUGGCCUAUGGUACAAUAAAUAGAACAGUCGUAACUGAAAACUGGAUAAUAUCGAUAAAACCUUAUAGGGUUUAUGUUUCCAAGAAAUCUGAAAGUUCUUUCUUAGUGUACAGUUCAGAUAACCAUGAUUCUACACCUGAUGUGUACAACAAUCAAGUGAUACCAAUUCGUUCUCAAAUUAAAUGGUUUAUUGUUAGAAUAAGGUCUGAAGACUUUAAGACACUAGAAGAACAUAUUGGCCAUCCUAUACAGAUUGCAGAUAAUGUCAAGUUACAGCGCUCAAGAACUGAACGAUUCAUUGAAUUAUUUUGUGAUCAAGUUUCCCAAAAGCCAGUACAUAAUGGUUAUAGUUCAGCAGAAUUAGAAGACGAUGUAUGUGCUGGUUGCUUGGUGAAUCCUCCGGAUGUUAAACUUACUAAAUGUUGUGAAAAUAGCAAUGACAUAGUAAAUUGUACUUCGUGUCAAUGCAGACCUAUGUGGUGUGUUGAUUGCAUGGCUAAGUGGUAUGAAUCAAGGCAACCUCAAAACGACACAACCAUAUGGCUAUCAUCAAAAUGUACCUGUCCACUUUGUCGUCAAUUGUUCUGUAUCCUUGAUGUCUGUCCAUUGGAAAAUUCUGAUUUAGCUAAGACUAAUUAA